AUGGCGGCGAAGAAGCAUGACGUCGGAGACACCAAAAAGAGAAAGAGACUCAAUACUAAAACUCAAAAAGAUCCCAAGGCUUCAAAGCUCGUUGCCUCAAAGAAGCACAAACUAGACUCCGUUGCUAAAGACAACAAGAACAAGAAGACGACUCCUCUUACCGGCCAAGAACGUCGUCUUCAUUCCAAGGAACUAGCAGAUGCUAGAAAAAAGAAGAGAAAGCGACAUUUCACUCUUGAGCAAGAGCUUGCGCGUCUAUGGGAAAAGAUGAGACGUCAUGAGAUUGCUAAAGAGGACAGAGCUAAGCUAGUGACUGAAGCUUUGCAAAAGAUGAAGGGGAAGAUUCCAGAGAUUGCAAAAAGGAAUAAAAUGGUUACAACCAUCCCAAGGAUCAUCAUUGUUUGUCAGUAUUCUCUUGGGUCAGUGUGGUCAGUGUUUGUAGAAACAACGACCUUGCUGCAUCUAGGGCUGGCAAUGGAUGGGUUUGUGAAUUCCUUGGCUUUUGCAAAAUCAGGAGAAGUCUUAGUUGCUGGAGUUGGACAGCUUGUGAUUGUGAGACUUCUCGUGUUAAGUGAUUAG